GCGCUCACGACCUCCUCCGCCCCCGGAGCCCUCGAGACUAUGGCGUGUCCAAGGCCGGCGGCGGCAAGGUGAACGGGAGCUACGGGCACUGUUCAGAGAAGAGCCUGCUGGACCUGGACCUGGCCGAGGGUCCCAGCCCCUCCUGUCACCAGGGUCUGUUUCUCCCUGUAGGGACCCCACCGCCCCGGGGUCAUCCCCCUGUCUGCGAGAGGCUGCUUCAUUUCCCCCUCCCUAACAGGUCACCCAGACCUCAGGCUACAUAUGUGAAUGGCAGCCUCCCAGCAGCUCAACACAUCAAGCAGGAAGCCCUGCCUGACUACCAGGCCAUGGCCAGUGCCCACACACCCCUGCCCACCCACUGCCGGGCUCCAGCUUCCACAAGCCUGCAGUCAGAGCUGGACUUCCCAGGCCGAGGCCUCACUAACCCUGCACCUUCCUGCUACCUUCUGGGCAAUGAACCUGUCUCAGUCAUCGGUCCUCAACCUGAGGCCCACCUCCCUGAGGGCAGCCUGAAACACUGCUGCCUCCUGGGCCUGCCCCCUGCCUCUUCAGCUUCCUCUUCACCCUGUGCCUCCUCUGACAUCACUCCUGUCAUCCACUCCUCCCAGACAACUCUAGUCAGCUGUGUAAAUGGACUCCGAAGCCCACCUUUACCAGGAGACUUGGGGGGCCCUCCCAAGCGAACACAGCCUGGGCCUGGGUCUGGGCCUGCAUCCAGUGAUGGCCACGAGGGCAGCCUGCAGCUUGAAGCAUGCCGGAAGUCAGGCUUCCUGAAGCAGGAACCCAUGGACGAGUUCUCAGAGCUCUUUGCUCCUCACCAGCAGGGCUUGCCACCCCCCUACCCGCUGCCUCAGUUGCCAGCCGGCCCCAGCCUUGGAGGCCUAGGGCUAGGCCUGGCAGGCCGGAUGGCGGCCAGGCGGCAGGCAUGCCGCUGGGUGGACUGUUGCGCGGCCUAUGAGCAGCAGGAGGAACUGGUGCGGCACAUUGAGAAGAACCACAUCGACCAACGUAAGGGCGAAGACUUCACCUGCUUCUGGGCCGGAUGCGUGCGCCGCUACAAGCCCUUCAACGCCCGCUACAAGCUGCUCAUCCACAUGAGGGUACACUCGGGCGAGAAGCCCAACAAGUGCAUGUUUGAAGGCUGCAGUAAAGCCUUCUCCCGCCUGGAGAACCUGAAGAUCCACCUGAGGAGCCACACAGGCGAGAAGCCAUACCUGUGCCAGCACCCAGGUUGCCAGAAGGCCUUCAGCAACUCCAGCGACCGUGCCAAGCACCAACGCACCCACCUCGACACGAAGCCAUAUGCUUGUCAGAUCCCUGGCUGCUCCAAGCGCUACACAGACCCCAGCUCCCUCCGCAAGCACGUGAAGGCCCACUCAGCCAAAGAGCAGCAGGUGCGUAAGAAGAUGCACACGGGUGCUGAUCCAGAGGCUGUUCUGUCGGAGUGUCUGGCACUGCAGCAACUCCAUGCAUCCACACCUUUGCCUGCCAGCAGGGGGAAGGGCAGCCAGACCCUGAGCCAGGAGCUACUCCCAGGUGUAUAUCCUGGCCCCGUCACCCCACAAAAUGGGCUUGCUUCGGGCAUUCUGUCCCCCUCCCAUGAUGUCCCUUCCAGGCACCACCCGCUGGAGGUCACCACUGGUUCCCACCACCACCUGUCCCCUCUGCCCACAGCCGAGAGCACCAGGGAUGGCCUGGGGUCUGGCCUUCUCUCACCCAUGGUCAGCCCACUGAAGGGGCUUGGUCCCCCACCACUGCCACCAUCCUCCCAGAGUCAGUCUCCAGGGGGACAGCCAUUCUCCACGCUCCCCAGCAAGCCAACCUACCCACCCUUCCAGAGUCCACCACCUCUACCCAGCCCCCAAGGCUACCAAGGCAGUUUCCAUUCCAUCCAGAACUGCUUCCCUUAUGGUGACUGCUACCGGACCACUGAGCCAGCAGCCUCCAGGGAUGGACUGAUGGGUGAUGCCCAUGGUUUCAACCCUGUAAGACCCAACACCUAUUCCAGCCUCAGCGCAUCUUUACCUGCCCCAGGCUACGAGGCCCUGGUAGAAACCGCAUGUCCUACAGCACUGCAGCCACAGCCAUCUGAAGACCUGGUAUCCAGCGGUCCCGAGGACUGUGGCUUCUUCCCCAAUGGGGCCUUUGACCACUGCCUAAGUCACAUCCCCUCCAUCUACACAGACACCUGAAGGAGUGCUGCUGUACCUGCCUGCCCAGCUCCUGACACUACUUCACCUGCUGGCCAUCAGCCCUGGAGCUUCCCACAAGGGGCAGCCAGGCCACAUCACAGGCACGUCCCCUGCUGUCUGGCCUCAGAGCUGCCUGCCAGACACUGUGGCCCUGUGAUAGUCCCUUAACUGUAUCUUUCUCUCUCCCUAAGGUUCUCAAAUCACAGACCUCGUGUAUAUACAAUGUACAGGACCUCUUUUCCACCUCCCUAUGAGUUUUAUAUUUUUGGUUUUACAAGAAAAACAUUAAAAACUGGAAACUAGA